AUGGGGGUUAACUUUCUAAAAUUGGAACUAAGCGAACUUUUUGGACAGGGGCCCCAAGACGCAUUGAGAAUAUUCUUCAGUGCUAAGACCUUCAACUUAUUGGUUAGAUUAGAUUUUCAAGCUUGGAUGUUGAGGGUUCGAGCCCGGGGGUCGCACAGCAGGCGAUAUUUCUGGAUGUGUAAACAGGUCUGGAAAUACGUCAUCAUCAUGUACUUGGCUUUCACUUGCUUCUAUUUAUACAAUAUGGCAAUCGCACCAGCAGAACCAAAAGUGAAGCCUCGAAGGGGUAAGGGAAAACACGGGAAUAUUAAAGUUACUCUACCCCCGAUGAUGCCCAAAGACCCUGAAGAAGACAAAAACGAUUUUUUGAAAAUGUUUCCUGACCCCCAGCUCAACAUCAACCCACAACAGCUUAGAAGAAGGCGGCAGCAGAUGAGAGAACUUCAGAACGCGAAUCUCGAGAAAAAACGCAGACAGCAAAUUGAAAAUGAGCAUAAGUUUGAAGAAAAAGCGCGCCAACUUAAAUUUCAGGAUCGAAUUCAACUUCUGGAAUAUUUGAAAGCAUACCAAUUUCCGACUCCGAAAACGCGAAAACGCGUGGAAUUGAUAUCCAAAAUCCGAUGGCGGAUGAUGUCGCAGGAAUCGGUUUCCAUGAAUUAUUUCGGAGAAGAUCCCGAUCCUCCUUACGACAUCAACGACCAUUAUCAGAAACUCCGUCGUGUUUUGAACACGAAGCAGUCUCUAGAACUAUCUUACAAGCCAUUCACUCUGGUCCGACCCGCGUUUGCGGUGGAUAAGGAUAGAAAAAUCUUUCUUCGGAAUCGUGAGAACGAAGAGGCGAUGCGGACUCGUCAAGACAAUCAGUUCGUCGGAUUCAUUGACGCAUACAAGGACGGAUUGGUAUCUGCGCAGAUCGACUGCGAUUUCAAAAACCAGCGGAGGUUGUUCAUUGAAUACACAGCAGAUGAAGAUGACGUCAGGGUGCUGGGAAAAACCGUCUGCCCUCUUCUGAUUCCUAAAAGCGAUGAGUUUCAAGGAUUUAUCACCAGCGUGCUUCCUAAAAUCAUUCAAGCUUAUGACGUCAUAUUGGCGUCGGAUGUGUAUCUGCUGAUAUUUGAACCACGUGACUCUAAUAUCCUUCUCCUAUUGGACAGACUCGGCAUCGACAGAGAUCGUCUGAUCUUCCAUAAAAAAGGACUAUGGAAAAUUAAAACAGUUAUUGAUACAUGUAUCACACCCCCUCUCCAUCCUGCACUGUUCAAAACAGCGCGACGUGCGAUGGGGACGCACGAAAAUCGAACAGUUCCAAUCAACGAAGCUAACGUCAUCUUGUUGCUGAGGGAGGACACGGAAGAAGGUGGACGGAAGAUGGUGAAUAAAGCGGAAGUGACGGGCAACUUGUUCAACCGAUAUGGGUCCCAUCUGAAACUAGUUCGACAGACAGCCACUAUUUCUGAGUCGGUGGACAUUUUCAAAAAUGCAAAAAUUGUCAUCGGAGUUCAUGGAGGGGCGUUGUACAAUAUUCUUUUCGCGCCAAGUAAUACAUACGUUGUAGAAAUUAUGCCUAUUGAUAAAAACGGGAAUGUGUGCGAGGCCACAGGGAAGUUAGCUCAUCAGACGUUUUGGAGCUUAGCGGCCAUGUUGGGACAGAAAUACUGGAUGUUGGUUGAGGAGCCGAGGAGAGAAAACUGUAAUGUGAAAGUAGAUAUAGAGAAAUUACUGAAGGUUUUAGAUAAAAUUGAUGAGAGACAUAAAUACCACGAAGAAGGGUUAUAG